AUGGCAGCAAAAGCGAAAACGACCCAUACGAUGGUCAAGCUCGUUUCCGCGGCAAAGACUGGUUAUGAAAAGUGGUUCAAGAUUCCAAGACAUACCCAGAAACUCAAUUUGAUCUUAUAUGACCCUAGAGCAAAGAGACAUUGUCUUUUUACUGAAGAGAAGAAGAGGAAAGUGCCAGACUUGGUGGCAAAGGACUACAACAGAAGUCACCGUGUUUAA